AGGGUCUGCUUUAUACAUGCUUCUUUGUGGCAGCAGCCGAUGGAGGCUCAAGGCAGAAGAAGAAUUUAAAUGGCUUUUACAAGAAGAUGUCCAUGCUGUUUUGAGACAGCUGCAGGAUAUUUUGAAGGAGGCCUCCCACCGCUUUACCUUGCCCACCAGUGGCUCAGGAGGAGCUGUCAGGCAGGAGAACUUUGUAUUAAGCACAUCAGGCACAGACCAGGUGAAAGGUGUGAUGACGCUGCAGGGAGAUGCACUGUGUCAAGCUGAUGUUAAUCUGAAAAUGCCCAGAAACAAUCAGCUCCUGCAUUUUGCAUUCCGGGAAGACAAGCAGUGGAAAUUGCAGCAGAUGCACUUGUUUACACUGAGAACAAAUUAUUAUGUUCCAGCAUGUCUGAGUUCCCUCAGGGCUGCAUUUGUACCUUUGCAGAUCCAGGAUGCUAGAAACCAUGUGAACCAAGCAAUUUACCUGCUUACGAACAGAGAUGUGAACUACCAGUUCAAAACAGGCUUGGAGGUGCUUAAGCUUAUGGAUGCUGUGAUGUUGCAGCUCUCCAGAGCCCGAAAUCGGCUGACCACUCCUGCCACUCUGACACUACCAGAAAUUGCCUCCAGUGGUCUCACAAAAAUGUUCACCCCUGCGCUGCCUCCAGACAUCCUUGUGAAUUUCUAUAUUAACCUGAACAAGCUGUGUCUCACUGUCUACCAACUCCACAUGCUGCAGCCCAGCACAACCAAGAACUUCAAGCCUACUGGAGGGUCUGUUUUGCACAACCCUGGGGCCAUGUUUGAGUUUGGCAGCCAGCGAUAUGAAGUCAGCCAUGUCCAUAAAGUGGAAUGUGUUGUCCCAUGGUUAAAUGAUGCCCUUGUCUUCUUCACAGUUUCACUGCAGCUUUGCCAGCAACUGAAGGACAAGAUCUCUGUUUUCUCCAGUUACUGGAACUACAGGCCAUAUUAAUUCUCUGUGGAAUGGUCUAAGCCCUUACAGUACUUCCAGUGUCUCUCUCUGUUCUCUCAUGCCAGCUGAGUCCAGGUCAGCCUGAGGAGUGCUGGGUUUCACUGCCAGAUGCCCUGCACAGGGCAGGGUCAGUGUACCCAGAGACACAGCUUUAGUAGCCUUGUCUGGGAUUGCUGCAUAAACAGGGCACCAAGUAGUGCUGGGUGGUUGGCAGGAGCUUCCAUUGGUCCCUCUUGUGCAUUAUGUGGCUCACACUUCACUAUCUCCUGAUGAGUUACACAGGUCUGUUAAAAGGGAUAGGUGCUCUGGAGCACCCUCACUAACUAGAUUUGUGCUGCAUUGUGCUGUAACUAACUCCUUGACUGUAAAGCAGCUGGGAAGGGGGGAAAACCGACUAACUUAACACACUUGUUGAAAGGUAGGGCAUGUUGCUCCAUGUAGUGAAAUAUGUUUCUCUUAUCUGGUCCAGCUGUGCUUAUAACUAACCCUGAGUGACUCCUUCCCCUGCCUGUUUUGCCCAUCCCCAUGUUACUGAUUCCCCUUUGGGGAUGCUCUUACCUGCUGCUGUUUGAAUUAUUUCCCCCAUCAUCCAGCAUCAAUGUGAUAAUUAUUUUUCCCUAAGCCCUAGUUGGGCCGGUUGGUUUUUUUCUAGGUUUAGUAUCUUGUUUUCACCAUCAGCCUUUGGAGUUGCCUUGGUGUACCUUGUGCAGUCUUUCAUCUUGUCAUUAAAUGCAAAGUGAGUACCGCAUUGCUGCUAUGAUUUGCUGCCUAUGGAUGCUACAAUGCUACUCAUCCCUUUAGCCACUGCUAACCAUGAAAUAAAGACCCUAAAUAUCUGCAGUGCUUAUGUGGGCUGUGAAAGAAUGAGUGUCUGAGAUUCU